UGCUGAGUUGAUUCCCAGGCAAAAUGAAGGCUCUCCUAGCCCUAGGGUUGCUCUUGCUUUCUGUCACUGUCGACGCGAAGGUCUACACACGCUGCGCAUUUGCCAAACUUCUGAAAGAAAAUGGGAUGGAUGGCUACAAGGGAGUCAGCUUGGCAGACUGGGUGUGUUUGGCUCAACACGAGAGCAAUUUUAACACAAAGGCUACAAACUACAACCCUGGAAGCCGAAGCACCGACUACGGGAUAUUUCAGAUCAAUAGCAAAUACUGGUGCAAUGAUGGCAAAACCCCGAAUGCAGUGAACGCCUGUGGGAUAUCCUGCAGCGUUUUGCUCCAGGAUGACAUCACUCAAGCCAUCACGUGUGCAAAGCGGGUUGUGAGGGACCCACAAGGCGUUAAAGCAUGGGUGGCAUGGAAAACCCACUGUCAAAACCAAGAUCUCUCCAAGUACGUCAAGGACUGUGGAGUCUAACCGCUGUGCGUUUCCACUUCAGCUCAUCCUCUCUCUUUCUCGCUCUAGAAGUAGUUAUGGGAAAGGUCACACUUUCUUGGUUUCCCCUUCAAACAAUCAGGUUAAACCAGGAACAGCAGAAAAAUGGAGCCUAUUUCCUAAGUGGCUGACUGCUACCUUAUGUGCUCAUUGCUUUAAGGAAAAUCUCCAUUCUUUGGUUAGCUAAUGGAGCAGAUGCUGGUCACACUGGUCAAACACUUUAUCAUCAUACACAUCUGUAAAUUCUUCACCUAUGAUAUCAUUUACAUUACGUUCCAUCAUAAUUAAUCUCCAUUGUUGAAUACACAGACAACAAAUUCUUAAGGAGAUAAUUCGAUAUUGGGUAAAAUGGCGGCUGCAUGAGCUGCAAGGCCUUGUGUGUAACUCCAGCACGUAGUCAGUUAGAACACCGCUGUGUGGGGCACGUUUGGUUUUAAGGGAACAGAACUCAGAGUGCGUAGAACUGAGACAGCCUCAGCUUAGAAACUUGCUGUCAUGAAAUGUGUGACCUUUUCAAAAAGUAGAGAACGGUCCCAUUUAUACCACUUAAAAUACAAAUUCUUAGGUCAUAGUCAGGCUGCUUUAAUCCUUAGGAGAAUCCUCACAUGCUGAUCAUGAGGUAUUCCAGAGAGAUGGGUGACUGUGUUAGCCCUUGACUUUCUUCAUGUAGCUUCGUGCAUAUUAACUAACUCUGAGAUGGAUGAGCUUGGAUCAGCAAAUCUAAGUGCAUUGUGAAAAACUUCAAAUACCAUUAAAUGAUUUUUUGAUGCAAA